AUGGCUGAAUCAGAAAACGAAAACGAUUCCCGCACCGCUUCAGUGGGUGUCUCACGCCCCCGCAUACCCGGUUCGAACAGCUCGUCGCGCCACAACUCCACAGACUCAAACCCGAAUCCGAGAAAGAGACGGCGGAGAAAUGGCAAGCCUGCCGAUCGGGAUGUGCGAGAUUUCGUUCCUCAGGGAGCCACCUUCAGCGCAACAUCGUUAGAGGUGGACCUAGACCGCACGUCCAGUUCUGGGUCCGACUCGUCUGAGAGCGACAGCGACAGCGAUGGGAAAUCCGAUGCGUCUGAUACCGAGAGGCAGAAUUCUGCUCGGAUGGAUCCUCAAGCACCAGCCGUGAACUGGAACAAAGGGAGCAAGAGUGGAAUUCGCACGUCGCUGGGUAGACGAGCGGAUAAAACUGGCGAGAGCAAGCAGACGGCUCAGUUCAAUGCUGUCAACGACAAGUUCUGGCGCAGUCGGAGUGACUCUGUAUCCAGCGGCGGUGGUGAACAGGCAGUUCUACAAGAUAAAGCUGAGGACGAUAUGGAAGAGGGGGAGGUUGACGAGGAGGACGAGGUGUCAGCAGAGUCUAGUGAAGUGGAUCAGUCUGGGGAUUCUGAUGAUUCUGUAUCAUUGGACUCCGAGGCCGAUGAUUCCAUUCUGCUCAAUGUUGGCUCCCAGGGUGAUGAAAACGGGGCCUUGUCCCCUGCGACGCAAGUUGCGCAUAUGAAUGGCUCCGCAUCGAAACCAGCCACAGGCGACUCUUCAUCGGAAUCGAAGGAACAAUCGCAUCGGCUCUUCUCCCAAAAAUAUUCUAUCGCCCCUACUACACUUGCCGAUCUCGAUCGCAACGAUAUGGAAGUUCAGGCCAGGUGCUUGUUCUAUGAUCGCGACAUUAAUGAUAUCAAUCUCCAAGCGCCGAUUUCAUGCACGGAGUGCUUUAAAGAGGGACAUCUUGCAGCAGUCUGUCCCUUAAAGGAGUGUGUUCAUUGCGGUGCCUGGAACCAGCACCAGAGCAUCUUCUGUCCCUCCUGGAGGAGAUGCCAAAGAUGCCGCGAGCGCGGACACGAUGAAGAGCAGUGCCCCUCGCUGCUCAAAGGCUCCGCAACCGAGAUUCCCUGUGAUUUAUGCGGAUCAGCGGACCAUCUCGAGCUCCAAUGCGAUUUCAUGUGGAAGCUUCCUCGCCCGGAUUCCUCACCCGGACCCGUACUGGUCUCGAUAUCCUGCUCGCAUUGCACCAGUAACCGCCACCUAGUCGGCGACUGCCCCUCCCUCUCGCGAUCCAUGAUCUCCUCCUCUUUCACCCUCAGAAGCAUCGAUCCGAACAUGGUAACCAACAUCAACUCGGUAGUCGGCGCCAGAAAGGGCCCCCCGGCACCGAUGAGAGGCCAAACCGGUCUCCAGAUCCGCGGCCGUGCAGACCGCCGCUCCCCAUCCUCAGACAGCGAGGACAUGAUGUCUAGGACAGACCGCGCUCGCCCUCCCAUCAACCGCAACCGCGGCAACAUCCGAAUCGGCAACGGCAUCGGACGUGGCAAGAAUCUGGCACCUGCAGGCUCAGGCUCGCGUCCAUCAGACCGCGAUACCCGCCACAAUCAAUCAUACAACUACCGGGAUCGUCAGGACUACGCCGGACCUAACCACCGCCAGCGCUCCAUGUCUCCCAACCCCAAUGGCCGCCCCAUCCGCGGCAGAGCCAAUGAUCGCCGCCAGCCCCCUCCGCGCUCACCUCCCCGAAAUCGACCGGAACCAUCCCGUUCUGGAAGAGGGGGCGGAAACGGCGGGGGCCGUGGUAGGGGCGGGCGCGGCGGCGGCGGGAAUAGACGAGGGGGCGGUGGAGGUUCCAACGGGGACAUGUAUCGGCCGAUGCCUAGUGCCGCGAAGAAGGCCUGGGAUAAGGGUCGCUUGUGA